AUGAAGAACUUCGGGAAGAACAAGAAGAUUUGUCGAGAUACGGCUCAGCUUUCUUCUGAAUCAAAAUCGGAUGGUCACUUGUUCAAGUGGGUUGAAGAUGGAACAUAUGAAGAAGUGAAUGAGCUGAAGGUUGAAGGGAUGUUUUUAAUUAAUGACCUGAAACUUCAGAUUGAGAACUUGAAAGAAGAACUCCAGGGAUGCAGAAACGAGAUGAAAAAAAUCAAAAAAAUGACCAUUGUACUUUUUGGUGGUUUGUGUAUUGUGGCCCUUGUUGUCUUCUGCGAAAAGAUGUUUGACCAAGGUGAAAGUUCACUUGUGUUUGGUAAGAAUAAAAUGUAG